AUGGGAGCAUGUUACUACUUCUCCACUGAUAGAAUGAACUGGAACUCCAGCCGUGAUAACUGCACAUCACUGGGGGGGCACCUGGUGAUUAUAGAGAGCGAUGGAGAGCAGGGAUUCCUAUCAGAUAAGGCUUGGAACAGCACACAAGCGGCUAAUAUAGUCAAUCCAGAAGAGCAAUCCCACUGGAUUGGCCUGACUGAUGCUGUUACUGAAGGAUCCUGGCUCUGGGUGGAUGCCACUUCUCUCAUUGGCAAUGUCAAAACAAAAUUCUGGGCCACUAGGAGUGAUGGUGGUAAAGAGCCUGAUGACCAUGAAAAUGAAGACUGUGCAAGACUACACCCAAAGAAGAAUUCCCAGGAGACCUGGUUCGAUGCCCCGUGCACAAAACAAUAUAAAAGGAUUUGUGAAACUAAGGCAGUGAUAGCCUAAUAAGAGGAUAAUCAGGACAAUAGGAAGCUAAGGUUGCUGAAGCACAAAGAGAGACUAGAAAAAAUAGAAAAAACUCAGUUCAGAUAGACAAGCAUGCAGGUCAUCCCCCAGCAUUAUCAUAUUAACCGUUUGAUUCCCACAUUAUGAUAAAGCACAGAUAACAAUGAGCUGGUGGUUAUUUGUACUGAAUGUAGUCUGGCCUUGAGAACAGAAUUGCAUUGUUUGUUUUUCUGAAACAUUAAGAAUCUCACAAUAUUAAAGUGAAGCUGAGAUAUAAAACUGACCUCAGGUAGUUUAGCAACAUGAACAGAAAGGUCAGUGUUUAUUUAAAACCACUGCACACAUGCAUCGAAGUGACUCGCUAACCCUGAUCUCUUGUAAAAUAAAUAAAUAUUGGAUUCACCCAAAUGUAAUGUAAAAGUUCUCUAGGAGGCUAGGAACAGUUAUCAUGAGGACCCAAACGGCAAGAUUGGGAAUCAAAGGCUUAAUUGUAAUGAUGGGGAGAUUCAACCUGAUUCCUCACAGGGAGGAGCCAGUCCUACCUAACUGAUAGAAACACAAACCCACAGACAGUCUGAAUCAAGACACUGAUGAAGGCAAAGGCCGAAACGAUGGUCUAGUUGACUACUCCCACUGUUUAAAUAACACACGAUCAUCACGUGUUGAAAACAAGAUUGUUCAUGGCAGUCAUGUGGAUUCAAUGCUGAUUGCACAUCAUUUAGGUCUGCAUGAUUGCCUAUUGAAGUCAGGGAUAAAAACUUCUGAAAUAAAAACCAUAUUCAGAAACAACCAGUGUGUGUUAGUGCCCACUUCAAUGCACACAUGUGGGUUGUGUAAGAUCUGUGAGAUUUAUCUGUUAACUAGAGGUCUUUUUCUUAAAUUCAUUAUAAUUCUCGUGAAAAGGUUUGUCUGUUUUUUUUUUUUUUUUCUAGUUUUACACCCUCUAGUGGCUGACAGAGGGAUGACUAAUAGUCACACAGGAUCCAGACAGUGUUCCUGCUGUCCAGCUGAUCAUGUCUAAACUGUAUCUGCAGGGUCUGACUGAACUACAAUGAACCCACUGAAACAAGUACUGCAGCAGAUUAGUAUUAUCAUUUUAUAUCCCUGCACUGCACAGCUACCCUUUAUAAAAGUUCACCCUGGUGACUGUACAGUCAUUUUGCAGUCUUCUGUGCUUUUAACAGGCUUGUGUUGAUGAAACGUUGUUUUUACAAUACAUAUCUGUGAUUCACCUGCUCACCUUUGCUUUACCAUGAUUGUGCUGCACUUCAAAUAUGCUUUAAUAUAUUUUGCUGUGCUUUUACCUUGGUAUAUCAGAAACUUUUACAAGGGUAGAUUUUUAUCUUUAAUAUAGUGUUUCACUCCAUUCUUACUACAGCUCCCAUCAUUCCUCACUGGUACUACUGGUGCUGAGGCAUUGUGGGAGCUUUGAAGAGUGAAUGAUAGAGACUCUAGUAGUAUAAGCAUGAUGCCAUGGGUGACCUAUAUGACCUUUAAUGACUUAUGAAGUUUUUUAUGACUUUAUGAAUAUAUAUAUAUAUAUAUAUAUAUAUAUAUAUAUACAAAGUCUACACCCACUUGAACUUUUU